AUGCUCGAAGAAAAUGAUGAUGAUUAUGAUGGCCCCGACGCAUACGUCGACGAGGAAGAUGAUAAUGUCUUGGAUUUAGAGGACCUACAAGACUCGAUACAGGCCCGGGAGCGCACCGGAGUCGCACAGGAAUCACCCAUGUUGCGCCAAAUCUUCCUAUCGUUAUUUAACUCACAAAAUGUACAUCGGACUGACUCGGACACUGGUGGUGGCGGUAAUGGAAGUGAACCCCGACAGCUCAGGACCAUGAGUAUCCGGGACUUGCAGCGUUUGCUGAAUUCACGUUCUGUGGAGUCCCCUACUGAUUACGAAGAAGAUGACGAUGACGACGACGAAAUUGAAAACGUAGGAGAAUGGCACCAGACGUGGUUCCCUCCGCACAAGGAACCCCAGCAGCUAGGGGUCGAACUCCUCAUGGGAGGAGAAUUUGGUUCUGUGAGUUCGAAGAUAAGGAGCAGGAGAAACAAGAGGAAUAUUUCGCGAAUGAUCCUCGACCAGUCCUCUAGACCCCGAGGAGCAAUUUCUAGGGAGAAUAUGACUAGUGAUCUCAUUCCGAACACGAAUGGAACUGCUGUUGCGUCCUAUGCCGCCAAUGUUUAUUGUGGGCAAUUCUCGAAAGAUUAUUCGUUUUACUACACCUGCUGUCAAGAUUUUCGCCUUCACAUCUAUGACAUGACUUCGCCUCCUUCACCAUACAUGAAGCGACCAAGGAACCUACGGCGCAGCGCUACAGGUGUUUGGGAUGACAGCGACCGCGACCAUGAUACAACCCUCAAGAUAUUGAAGACUAUACAGGGGUGUACUGGUCGUUGGACGAUUACAGAUUCUCACUUGAGUCCUGACAACGAAAGGCAAGUAAUUUCACCCACGGUGUACAUGACAAGCACACUUGACUCAUCAGUCACUCAGACUCCCAUCAGGUUUCAGGAUCCUAAUCAACGUCAGCGGUCUCGCACACACUGGGGCUGGGAUGAAGACUCGUUUGGUAUCUGGAGCUGCAGGUUCUCUGCAGAUGGAAAUGAGGUCGUGGCUGGUGGCAGCGGUCAAAUAUUUGUCUAUGAUCUCUUGGCUGACCGUAGGACAGUCAAGAUUAUUGCACACGAAGAUGACGUGAACAGCUGCUGUUGGGCUGACACUGCAUCAGGGAAUGUGUUAAUCAGUGCCUCUGAUGACACAUUUUUGAAAGUUUGGGACCGGCGUUCAUUAGGUGCAUCACAGAAACCGUCAGGAGUCUUGGUGGGACAUACAGAAGGUAUCACGAACGUCUCGGCCAAAGGCGAUGGUCGUUAUAUCAUCUCGAACGGAAAGGAUCAGGCACUACGGUUGUGGGAUUUGCGGAAGAUGUGCAGCAGCGAGGACUUUGAUAAUGGUGCUAACCGUGACUAUAAGUUACGUGGAUUUGAUUACCGCUAUGGUCAUUAUCCGAAACCAAAACAUGCUGCACACCCACGUGACUGUAGCGUUAUGACCUACAGAGGCCACGCUGUCUUACGCACACUUAUCCGGUGUCACUUUAGUCCGGCUGAGACGACAGGUGGACAAUACAUUUACUCCGGUUCGGCAGAUGGGAAAAUACACAUAUGGUCACUCGAUGGACGCAUAGUCCAGGUUCUCGAUCGCUCGAAGACGUCGGCUAUGACAUUUGAUCCCUCCGCGGAGGAACACAUACUCCCCAAUAGCACCCGCAACACAGUUUGUGUACGAGAUGUCAGCUGGAACGGCAAUGAACCAGUGAUAAUGAGCGCUGGUUGGGACGGGGGUCAGUCAUUGUCGAAGAGCGUUGUUGCGCGUCAUGAAUGGAAAGGUCUCUCUAAGAUGUCGUACGGUCUGGAGGAUUGGAUGGAGAAGCAGAAUACAGAGCGCGACGAACGGGCUACACGCACCAGACGAACACUGCGAGGGCUUUCCCUUUCUGGCACGCCCCCGGGCCGCGCACCCUUGACUCACUCUACCAUGUCUGCCAACGCUCAGCUCUAUGGAUUCCCUCCAGGAUACUUCGUGAUUCGUAACCUUGCGAAUGGUAGGCUGUGGGACGUCGGUGGAGAUGAUGUAGAAGAUGGCGUCGAGAUUCUACUCUGGCCAGAGAAAGAGAAGUCUUUAGUCGAAACCUUGAGAAAUCCGGAUGCUAAUAAUCAGGUAUUCUUCAUCGAUACGUCGGGCGCUCUUUGCUCGAGAUCAUCAGGACAUGCAAUCGAUAUCGAAGCGGACCGUUUGGUAAUUCGGCAUCGCCGACCCAUCUCCCAGCCAUAUCCAAAUGAAUACUCGCAUCCUCUACCGCGUUUCUCCUACUCUCGAGAAACGCAGCAUAUCACUGCAUCUUUCCAGUGUGAUCCUACAUACCCUCCGCCAGCCGCGCAAACUUCCACCGCGUGGAUGCGAAAGACAUACGUCCUGUCAGCAAUUCCAAUUCCUAAACCAAAGUCACUGUUGGACAACGCAUCGGCUUUCCUAAGUUCCGCUGUCACAACCCCAAUAUCGUUUUUCUCCGGUGGCACAGCACAGCGGAAAGCAACUCCUGAAGAUGUUUUCAGUGGGGAUAUAGACCUCACCGAAGACGAAACUCUAGAACAGGAUCGAGGCGUAGAAGGCGAAGCGGAUGACUCUUCUGAGCUCCUCAGAAGACUUAGAGUUUUGACGAUCGGUCAGCGGGAUGCUCCUGCAGAGGGCGAGAAUGCUAGAAACCGCCGUCAAUGGCAGAUUUUGCCCUUGCGUACGUCAGCCGCUCAUCGGAGACCGUUGACGUGA